UAAUUUAAGGGGCCUGCGUUGAAGUAGCAGUGUUUCCGUGUACAUAUAUAUAGACGGUACGAACAUCAAUCUGUUUACAGUAAAGUCGGGAACUGAAUUAAUCAAGAUAGAAAAAAAUGUUUGUAAAAUUUAAAAUAUUUUUGAAAAUUCAACUGUUGCUUUCGACAAUAAUUAUUGUUCGCAUUAAAGCUGUUUCGGUGAAAAAUGUUAACAUAGUUGCAGCUGCAUAUGAGGCAGAGUUCUAUCAGGAAUAUGUACAGUAUUCCAGUUCCAAACAAAUAUCUAGUCCAUUCCGUAAAUUGUUGGAUAUUUUAAGUUCAACUGAGUCGAAAAUAUUGCUGGAUGAUGUACCGUCUGCCAUUGAUACAAAUAUUUGCUUAAAAUGUCGUGCAGCCAGCAAUGUUAUCGUAAAUGAAUUCAAAAAUAGAACGAAUUUGGACAAAGUUGAACAGGUUUUGUUCAUUUUGUGUGACCUUUUGACUGAGUUGUCAGAUACUGUGUGUAGAGGAUACGCAAACAUUUAUACACCGUCCGUUACCUAUAUACUAAAAGAAAGGAAAGGUGAUCUCUGGUCAACAGACGAAAUAUGUGGCACUCUUUAUCAGCAGUACCAGUGUGGAACAUUCGACUAUGGCUACAAAUUCAAUAUUCAAGCCGGCGAUUCGGUUCUUCAGGAUUCCAAGAAAAGUACAAUAUCGACUACUGUUGAAAAUAUAACAAUUGUGCAUCUAAGCGAUUUCCAUUACGAUUCACUGUACAGCGAGGGUAGCUCAUCAAUUUGCACAGACGAGAUUUGUUGCCGUAAUACUAGCAUGCACUUAGACUCUGAGAAUAAGCAAUUAGCAGGCAAAUGGGGUGAUUAUCAAAUGAAUUGUGAUUCGCCGGGAUAUUUAGUGGAAAAUGUCUGCAAUCAAGUUUAUGCACAACACUCGAAAAUCGACCUAAUAUACUACACAGGUGAUUUUGUCGAUCACAUUCAAUGGACUCGCACCCAGGACUCAGUGAAAGAUUCCAUAAAAUUUGUCACUGACACAUGUAAAAAUACGUUCGGUUCCAUUCCAAUUAUACCCGUACUUGGUAAUCACGAUACACAUCCAUCAAACUUAUUUGCCCCAAAUUCAGUUACUGAUUCAACUGCUAGCACUAAAUGGUUGUAUGAUUUUGUUGUUGAUCAAUGGCGGAAUUGGUUACCGGAACAUGCUUUGAAUUCGUUGAGAGAAGGAGGCUAUUAUACGUUUAUUUUUCGACGGAACUUUCGUAUUAUUGCCUUGAACAAUAAUGUUUGCUAUACGAAAAAUAUAUGGAUAUUACAUGAUCGAGACUCGUUAAAAGCACAACUACAGUGGCUCUAUGACACUCUCAAGGAAGCGGAAAUGAAUAGCGAAAAAGUUCAUAUUGUUGGUCACGUUCCACCCAACUUCGACGGUUGCUACAAACCAUGGGUUACCGAAUAUAUUUCCAUAGUCAACCGAUUUGCUCAUAUAAUCAGCGGUCAAUUUUACGGGCAUAGUCAUUUAGACGAAUUUUCAAUUUUCUACACGCCUGAAAGUCCAUCAAAAGCGUUAAAUGUUGCAUGGAUAGGAGGAGCCAGCGGCAAUGCAUUUGGAUUGAAUUCAAACUAUCGUGUUUAUUACGUAGAUGGUGAAAGUUAUGAAGUACUGGACCAUGAAACAUGGAUAUUCAAUUUAACUGAAGCAAAUCAAUCACCUGACAGCCCACCAAAAUGGUUCAAGGAAUAUUCAUUUAAAGAGUUUUAUGAAGUUCCCGAUCUCAGUCCGGUUUCACUCAGUGACAUGUUAGCAGACAAAUGGAUGAAACAGGCCAGCCUAAUGACACGUUUUUGGCAGAACAAAGUGAAACAUUCAGAUGUGCAUCUGGCUAAAGGUUGUGAUGAUGAAUGUCGGUACAAAACAUUCUGCCAAAUCGUUAUGUGUCCAUAAGCUAUGGAAUUUCAGCAUAAUUAGAUCCUUCAUCCGAUAAAAUGCUAUUGUACUAAUAUCUGUGUGAAUAAAUCAUCACACACCCA